AACAGUAGUACGUGGGUUACAGUUUAUCAACCGUUACAACCGGAAAGAAAAUAACUUUAACCGUCAUUUUCUGUCGUGGAACUGGAUCGUAAAAGCGGGAAACGGCUGCGUCAGUCGGUGUAAACGGAACAAGGUUUAAGAGAGGAAUUCAACCGGUAACAGGAUGGAUUUUAUCGGCUUCAACUGACUGAAAGUGACAGAAAAUGUUGGAGAAAAGAUCUGCGGAGCUUCACCUGGUGGAGGAAGUCCGCGGGAAGAACGGUUCUGACUGUAAUGAAUCGUUCUGUCUCUCAGUGAAGGAACCGUUCUCCUCUCAGUACAGCUGUGGUUCUCUGCUCGGCAGCGGCGGGUUCGGGUCCGUGUAUUCGGGUCAGAGGCUCAGUGACGGACUGCAGGUUGCCAUCAAACAGAUCUCCAGUGAGCGUGUGCAGCAGUGGGCCCGACUGCCCGGUGAGCUCGACCCCGUUCCCAUGGAGAUCGCUCUACUGCAGAGCCUGUCGGAGGUCGGAGGUCACGGCAGCAUCAUCCACAUGCUGGACUGGUUUGAGGUGGAGGGGCGGGGCUUCCUGCUGGUGCUGGAGCGCCCGCCGCAGUGUCAGGACCUGUUCGACUUCAUCACGGAGAGAGAGGCACUGCCCGAACGCCUCGCACUCAGGUUCUUCCGUCAGGUGGUGGAGGCGCUGCGGUUCCUCCACGCUCACGGCGUCGUCCACCGCGACAUCAAGGACGAGAACAUCGUGGUGGACACGAGGACGCUGGAGGUCAAGAUCAUCGAUUUUGGAUCCGGAGCGCCGCUGAAAGAGACGGCGUACAGCGAGUUCGAAGGGACCCGGGUCUACAGUCCUCCUGAGUGGAUCCAGUCUCAGUCCUACGAGGCGGUCCCGCUCACCGUCUGGUCUUUGGGGGUUCUGCUCUUCGACAUGGUCUGUGGCGACAUCCCGUUUGAGUGCGACCGGGAGAUCGUCGGGGCCACGCCCAUUUUCACCAGACGGGUCUCCAAAGAAUGCCAGUCUCUGAUCCGCUGGUGUCUGUCCUACCGCCCCGAGGAGCGCCCGACUCUGGAGGAGAUCCUGUCCCACCCCUGGAUGGAGGAGGAGGGAGACCUGCAGGAGGACCACAGCUCUCUACCCAGCCAGUCGCUGUGACCCCCCAUCGUACAGGACUCUGUAUGGACUCUGUUAUUAUCUGUUGGUGAACGCAGCCGGGUCGGCGGACAUGUUUGAUUUAGGUUAUUUAUUGAGUAUUUAUUUGGUUUAGGAGAAGAGACGUCGGAGGACUGUGGUUCCUCCGGAUCCUGACACUAACAUUAUAAUAGUGUCAGUGUUAUUUCAAUCUGACGUCUUACACUGCAAACACAGUCAGGUUACAACGGCGCCCCCUGCUGCUGUAAGUGUGAGCCUGCACCGGGUUCAACAGCCCCUCAAUCAGAUCAAUCAGAUCAAUCACAUGUGUCUCCUGUGCAGCGGUGGCGCCGUGUUUUAGACUUUCUGGACGUUUCAGUGAUUCUCUACGAACAUGUUGAAGUGUAACUUUAAUAAAAGUGUAGAAAGUAAAAGUGAAAAUGAUUCACAGAGAAAGAAACAAAGUUCAGUCCGUUAGCGUAACGAGGAUUAUUGUUUAAAGAUCGACGGAUCUUUAGAAGAAUCAAAAUCCAACUUUUAUUUUUAUUCUUUCUGUUGAACAAAGUGAAGAAAGAAGAGUUCUGUGCCUUUCAGCUGUUUAAUGAGCUGUUCCAGGAAGAGGAGCUGAAGAAGAGUCAGUCUCUGGUUGGAUCUGGUUCGUGGUGAUGUCACUGUAAAUACUUGAGUAUUAUUGGUUGUUUAUAAUCAAAGUGGCUUGUCUGUCACUUGUUUAUGUUUAUUUACAUUAAAUAAGAAUUUAUGGAUCGAGAGAAAAAGAUCCAACGUUUGAAUAAAAUAUUUUUUUCACUUA